CUCUCUCUCUAAAAACUCCAAACCUUCUAUCCCUUCUCUCUCAUCAGCAGCUACCAUGGAAGCUAUGUUUGUCUCCAAGAAACGGAAGCAAAUGUCUUCCUCUUCUUCCUCCUCCUUUUCCCAUCCCUUGAUGGGUGCCUCUACCCGGAGCAAAUCUCAGUCUCACCUGCACUGCAACCGCUCCGGUUGUACCCGACCCGACACAGCCAAAUGGAUUCGCAGGAGAUACAGUUCAAGAAAACCGAAUCCAGGGUGUUCUGACGGCGAUGAUGUGAUUUUGCACGCUCCGAUUAAGGAUCUUCGCUCCAGGCGAGUCUUCUCUCCCAACUCCGAAUCGUCCAUGAACUCCGGUGACCGCGAAUUCGAAGGGGAAGAUGAUGGGAACGCGUUGAAGAAUGGAGGGUCUAAGAAGUUUGGUGAUGGGUUUUCUAGCAAUGGUCAAAAUGUAGAUGGAAAAGAAGUUGCAGAGAGCGAAGGAACUGAGAAAAUGGAUCUGGGUUUUAUGCCUGAAGCCCAGAAUCUGAAGCCAAUUGUCAAUUCCACUGAGAAAUGGACACAGACAACGCCGGAAAAGCAUGACGAUUCACAGGUUAAGGAAAAACCUUCAAAUGGAAAUGUUCAGAAUGGUGUUGAGAAAGUUUAUUCCGGUUCCAAAACCAAUUUGGGUCUUAGACCAUGUUUCCAACGGAAAGUAUUCAAAAACCCUGGUUCAGUCAGCUAUAGAAGAUUGCUUCCUUAUCUGAUGGGCAUCGCAGAGAACAAUUCAAGUGCUCACAAAAUUGACCAGCAUCCAAAACUUGAAAAUGUUUUGAAACACAAAGAAUUUCCGGUUACUGUGGCUUCUCAGAGUGAAGAAGCUUCUAUUAAGAGAUUCAAUGGAGACAUGGAUUCGAUGGAAUAUCAAACUAGUCAUUCUGAUGCCCUACCAAAAAUUGUAUCAGAUUCUUCCAAUGAGUCAUCUAGUGGUGAUAAGCUAAAUUUAGAUUCUCCUGUGAACACUAUUGAAUCACCAUCUGGAGUAGUGGUCGAUAAUAGUUGGUCAAAACCACCUGUGAAUGGACAGAUUGGAAAGAUGGAUGUGGAGUUUUCUUGCAAUGACGAGGAAUUAGUUGACUUGGACAGAUGUGUUUCUACGGUGGUGGCUGAUCUGCAUAGUGUAAAAGAUAAUGUAAGUGGAGUAGUUGUUGCUGAUGCCAAGCCAGUGAAGAAUGAGAACAAUGAUGCUGAUAAUGGGUUUUCAUGUAAGGUUCAGAAUGAGAAGUUUGCAAAUAUAAAUUCGUCUUCCAUAAUGGAUGACAGUUCCUCAGGUAAAGAUGAAGAGCUUGGUCAGUACUCAGAGGAUUCAGAGCUUGGUCAGUCUCAUAGUGAAGUGAUGAAAAUUUUUGACAAGGAAUGUCGUAGUGAAGUUCAUAAUUUGAAUCAAUUGGAGCAAAAAUAUGGAGAUGAAAGUGAGGUUCUACAUCAAAUAGAUUAUCCACAUGAAGAAUCUAUCCAGAUGACACCACCAGAUACUGAGAUAUUUGAUAAACAAGACAUAGAAGAAAACGGAGUUGACAGAGGAGAAUAUGCUCUGCAUAAUAAAGAUAAUGGUCUUGGGAGGCCUCUAAGUGGAACUAGUAACAAAAAUGCUACAUUGGAUGAUAGUAGGAAACAAAAAGUGGUCUUGAAUCCACGUUCACGGUUGAAGGUAUUCAAAACUCCAGGCUCAAUCAGCUACAGAAGAUUGCUUCCAUUUCUUACAAAUAUGGCUAACAAUAACCCUGGUGAUUCAGCAAAUGUGAAACCUAAAAUGGAUUUAGAAGAAAAGCUAGUGUCGCCAACAUUUGGUUCAAACCAUCAAGAAAUUCCUAUAGAGAAAUCAAAUGAUUCUGGAUUUCAUAUGGAGUGUCAAACUUGUGAUCCUGGUCCUCCAUUAAUAGCUGCAUUAACUACCGCCACAAGUUCAUUUGAUGAUAAGGAACCAAGCCCAUUAUCCCCUGAAUGCAGUACAGGAUUCCAAAUGCCAGUUGAGUCUGGAAAGGAACAGCAACUGCAGAUUGAAGGAUUCGUUGCAGAUAAAGCCUCCAAGUUGAAAGCAUCCCCUGGCACUUCAAGUUCAUUACAUGGACCAGAUCUACCACCCAUUUUAUUGCAUCCUAUGAAUUGUGAACCUUCAUCAGGAGAAGAAGGUGCAUUAUCAGUCUCUAACAAUUUAUAUGUGGACACUGAAGCGGAUUCAUCUAGAUCGGUUAUGGAAUCUUCUGAUGGUGUGAAAGUUGAGGUAGAAGGCUGGUUCUGUCCAAACUCAUCCCCAUCUGAAAUCCCCAUAUCUUCAGGGCUUCCUGCUGUUGGCCUCGAAAAGGGGAUAUUAAAAAGAAACCCAAAAGGAUGCCGAGGGCUCUGCACCUGUUUAAACUGUGCUUCAUUUAGACUGCAUGCAGAGAGAUCAUUUGAAUUCUCUAAAAAUCAGAUGGAAGAUGCCAAAGAGGUGGCAUUAGAUUUGAUCAAGGAACUAUCAAACCUGCGUGCUAUAUUAGAAAAAUCUGCGGAGGGUGCCGAUGAUCGAGUUGUUGUUCAUGUCAAUAAGGUGAAAGAAGCUUGCAAUAAAGCAUCUGAAGCAGAGGAACAAGCAAAAAUCCGUCUCAACCGAAUGAGUAAUGAUCUCAGCAUACAUUGUAGAAUCCCAUGCUUGGUACGGCCGAAAGUUAGAUUCGCCAAUAAUGUUGAACAAAAAGUCAUUCCUAGAACAAAUUUUCUGAGCAACUAGUUCGGAGGCUUGAGAAAGAGAUUGCAACAAUCCAUUACGUUCUGUUUUCACACGAUGAGACUUUGGCUGCAACUGUGGACAUAUUUAUAUAUAGUUAAGGCAAAAAGGUUGUACACAUUUGAGUUUGCAGAUAUCUAUCAAUCUUUUAUUUGGAAGAGGAUUGUGAGCGUGAAUUUGUUGUAGAAGGCAUAAGAAUAUUUUAGCUCGAAAGAAAAGAGAAAAAUUACUUAUCAC